AUGGCGGACCACCAAGUGCCACACAAUGAAGAGCAGCAGCCCUUGUCGACCCUUCGAGCCGAAUUGAAGGAAUGGGAGCGAGCCUUUACCGCCGCGAAUGGAGGCCGCAAGCCUGGGAGAGAUGAUAUCAAAAACAACCCUGCCAUUUCUGCCAAAUACAAGCUCUAUUCCCGCCUACGUGUGCAGUCGUCGCAAGCCAACAGCUGCUCUUUCGCACCAGCACAGGAAGUGCCCCAGCAGAGGAAACGUAAACGUCCCUUGGAUACGCAGGAAGAUGUAAAUGGACUACCACUCCCGCAAUCCUGCUCAACUCCCCGAAAACCCUCCGACCACAUCCCCGCCACCCCCGACCGGAGGUUUCUAUCAACAUCGACUGCUCUUUGUGCAAACACCCACCCAUCCCAGCUAGACCCUUACGAUUCCCCAUCCACGUUACGCAGAUUCUUCAGUCCCAGCUAUCAUCGCAACUUCCACGAGGAUCCUCACUCAUCCUCAUCACCCUUGCCCCUCCGCGCAGCCAUUGGGCCUACCCCACAGCGUGAUGGUAAGGCCCUGGGUCUAUUUGACCUCCUCUCCGCCUCUGGGGGAAGUAAUAGUAGUAGUAGUAGUCGUCGUCGUCGUUGUAGAGACAGUGCUGUUGCUGCUGCUGCGACUCCGUGUCUGAGACGCGGGAAGCGGGUUAAUAAUACCAACAAUCAAGGGAUUGAUAAUCCAAUGCAGACUCCCUCGCGACGAAAGGAGAGCCGAAUUAAUUCAGGGGAUCAGGAUGGUGAGGACGGGGAUGAGGUGGCGGAUGAGGAUAAUGAUGAUUAUGAAAACUUCUUCGCCAGCACACGCACGCCUGCGUCAUCUGCUAAGAAGUUCUACCUGGCCAAUUUCUUCGCUACGCCGCCUGCAUAUCGGUAUUCGGCUGCUAUUGAUACCAGAGCAGAUAGUCGUGAUGGUGCCAAUGAUAACCAAACAGCAAGCAACAACGACCCAUCUAAUGGAAGAAGUGGCCCCCGGCGGGGUCUAAAGAUGCACUGGGCUCAGACACCCCCUCUUUCCUCAGGCGACGGAACCUUUGGUGGGGUUAGCGUUCACGAUCUAAGUCCCGUUGCAGUUCGCAUGCCGCAGAAACUUGUUGGAAAGGGGCUUAGUGCUAUCGUUCAGGGGCUAAGGGAUAUUCAGGAAGAAAGGUUGGAUGAAGAGUUGGAUCUUUUGAGAGAGAUGGAGGCUGAGGCGGCGGCGGCGGAUAUCGAUGAUGCCGUUGUUAUUAAUGAUAGUCAGGUUCCUUUACGAGAUGGCAGUGGCGGUGGUGGUGAUGACGACGAGGGAAAUACUCUUGCAAUGAGACGGUGGAAGAAAAAAGGACAGAAACGCACGACGCGUCGAGUUAUCAUGAGGCCCGUUCGAGCAAAAGCGCAACCAAUGCCGGGGUGGCCCGUAGCUGUGAUUGAUGGAGAAGGCGAUGAUGAUGGCGACAGGAAUGGAGGGAGUGGAGACGAGCUGGCCGCUAUAUCAGAAACCCAACUUCAGCCUCAGCUUCCCCCAGAACCCGGCUCGAACAAGGAAAACGAAACUCUCGCCCAGUCGGAGACGCACACGGAGACAAAAAAAGAGAUUGCUCUCACAAAUACUUCCACGUCCAUCGCUAAUGCUAAUGUCAGUGUCAGCGCCAGUGCAGCGAAACUGAAACCAGCUACCAUGAAGGGCACGACGGCAAGAGUGACAACAGCAACCAACCAGAAACACAAGACCAAACCGGACGCGCAUGCUAAUUACCGCGCGCUGAAGAUUCGGGGGAAAGGGUCGAAUGCGAGGGGAAAGGGGAGACGGUUUGGGAGGAGGUGA